AUGCCUCGCGAACAACAAAAAAGAGGCCGCAGGGCCGAGAAGAAGGCCGAGAAAGAUGAGUCCAAGAGAAAAUUCGAGGAGGCCUCAGACGCCCCCGUUGCGAAGCGAUUGAAGUCCACCGCCGACGAGACAGACGAGACCGACGCAGCCAACGGUGUCGCCGAAUUUCAGGAGAAUGCGGACUAUAUUCCCCUCGACCAGGGUGAAGAGCAGGAGGGUCAGAGACCUGAAGAAAACGGCGAUAUGGUUUUCUACGGUCUUCUAGACGAGGAGGAGUCGGAGUACUUUUCACGCGCCAACGAAAUGUUGGAGCUGAACCAAUUCCAGGACGCUGAAGAGCGUAGCUUGUUUGUCGACAGUGUCUACUCGGAAGCCAGUGGCAAGGAGUUGAAGAUCGCCUGUAGUCAGGGAUGUUCCAGACUUAUGGAGAAAUUGAUCUCGAUGUCAAACGCUCGGCAAUUGCGCCGCAUAUUCAGCAAAUUCAUCGGCCACUUCCUCCACCUAGUGCAGCACCGGUUCGCGAGUCAUUGCUGUGAAACACUUUUCAUUCACGCUGCGCCUGCGAUGAUGCAGAAGACGAAGCCUCAACCCAAAGAUUCGGAGGAAAAUGGAGAGGAAGAGCCGGAACUGUCGAUCGCAGAGAUGUUCAUGACGGUUAUUGAAGAAUUGAAGGAAAACUGGGGUUAUUUGUUGACAGAACGAUUUGCGUCGCAUACAAUCCGUGUGCUCCUGCUGGUCCUUGCAGGCGAGCCGGUGGAUGUCACAUCAAAUGAGUCGUUUGUCGCGAGUCGCAAGAAGGAAAGACUCGAGAUCCCCACCGUUCAGGGCGAGGAGAAAGUGGACAAGUCUAAGGCUGAAAAGCACAAGGUUCCAGAGUCAUUUGAGCCGGCACUCAAGAAGAUCAUGACCGAUAUGAUUGCUGGUCUUGACGAUGUUUAUCUCCGCGCUCUGGCUACCCAUCCAGUUGGAAACCCCGUCCUACAGGUACUUCUGUUCCUGGAGCUCUCUCACUUUGGAAAGUCCAGCGCCAAAAAUCCCAAGUCGACCAUUCGAAGACUGGUUCCCGAUGACUCGUUUGAGGAAGAAUCCGAAAGUUCGGUCUUCAUUCGUGGUCUCCUCUAUGAUCCGGUUGGCUCUCGCUUGUUGGAGACGAUGGUGCGUUACCUUCCCGGUAAAGCAUUCAAGAAUCUUUACAGGAACAACUUGGGUGACCGAAUUGGUUCUCUCUCGCGCAAUAGCACUGCUGGUUAUGUAGUCCUUCGGAUGUUGGAAAGACUUGGCAAGGAUGACUUGAAAAUUGCCAUGACUAACAUCAUCCCCGAAGUUACUGGCCUCAUUGAACGGUCGAGACUUAUCGUCCCCAAGGUUUUGAUUGAGCGUUGUGUGGUUCGUGGUGUUGACACAAAGCCUCUUGCCGAAGCACUCGAGGCUGCUUAUAGCCCAGAUCCCAUUAUCAGACUUCAGCAGAUGCUCAAGUUCAACAUCUCAGAGAACACUGCCCCACAAUCUGAAGACCAUGAUAUGGAUGAAGAUACCGACGGAAAGGAUCGCAAGCCGCGGGGCCCACCUCCGAUGUCUGCGGCCGAGAAAUCAGAGAAAUUGCAUGCUUCUCUGCUAGUACAGGCUAUGUUGACCGUUCCAGGCCCGAUGAGCCAACUUGUCUACACAAGUCUACUCGCCCAAUCCUCCGAGACCAUCGUACAACUUGCUCAAGAGCCCACCACUUCCCGCGUGCUUCAGCAGGCCCUUAAUUCCACAACCUCCACCCCUCAAAUCCGCCGACAGCUCACCACCCGCUUCCAGGGCCAUCUCACACCCCUCGCCCUGAGCAGCAGCGGCUCACACGUUGUGGACGCGCUCUGGUCCGCCACCAAGGAUAUCUUCUUCGUCAAGGAGCGGAUGGCGCAAGAACUUUCGCAGCAUGAACAGGAGCUCCGCGAUUCCUUUGUUGGUCGUGCAGUCUGGCGAAACUGGUCUAUGGAUCUCUUCAAACGUCGUCGACGCGAUUGGGCCCACAAGGCUAAGGGCCUUGAGGAGCGGAACGAGAGCAAUGAAGUUGCCGAACGCCCUAAGUCUAAGCUCGACCAAGCGCGAGCCCGGUACGCAGCAGCCCAGGAAGCAAAGGAGGCUGGUGCCACUGGUGCCAACCAGACAGCAGUCGCUAGCAAAUAA